CGCGCCUAAGCUGCUCUUCGCAGAGCAAGAAAGACGAGAGGGAGUGCCGAUGGAUCGAUGUCUGCUUCGACACGUCUGGGAGUGAGUCAAGGCCUCAUAUAUGCUCCAUUGUGAUCACAUGCUAUUGGCUGUCGGCGAUUAUUGCCGGGGUGCAGUGAACCCCAGCCGCAGUUAGCGGACAAACUGCGACGAUCCCUGCUUGGCAUCCCAGCCGGCAUGAAUGGUACUCUGCAGAACCCGUUCGCACACGACACGCCGGACAGCGUCGACUCCGUCUUGGCAUAUGCUGCCGCGACGUGUUGCAGGUACAACAAAGGGCACUGGAACCUCGUAUUUUCCGGUCAGCUUGUCGCCACGGGUCGGACAGAUGGCGUCGUCGCCAUUUGGGAUGCAGAGACGAAACGGAUCGUAAGAUGGCUGGUUGGGCAUACAAAGACGGUGCUGGGCGUUGCAUGGUCGCCUAACAAUCGCUUCCUGGCCUCCUGCUCGUACGACUGCUCGAUCAUCAUCUGGGACCUCUCGCAAGGAUCCGGCACACAAUUCAGAAACAUCAAGUUCGACACCGCCGUCCUCAGUGUACAGUACGACCCGAAGAAUUCGAACCACCUUCUUGCUGUCCUUGAGACGCAAGAAGCCGUCUGGAUCGAUUUGCAACAGCGCAUACAGGUCACGCGCCGGCGGAUCAAAGGAAAGCAUCAAACCAACGCCAAUGCUCAGAAUGGCAAUCACAAUAGCAAUGGGCAGGUGAUCCAACAGGAAGGGGCAAACAAGUCCGGCAGUGACCAACCCUGGGACACUCCCGAAUUCUCUCCGCUACCUGUCCGUCGGUGGACGUUCGGCGGUGACUAUGACACGCCGGUUGCACCUUACCUGCAGCCUCCGCCCUCUCCCUCAUCUCCUUCUGUUUCGGCGGAGGCUGUAGCAGGUGAUGCUGACAUGGGUAGCGCCAAAGAAGAGCGUAGCGACAACAUACCACCACCGCCUACUCGGCGAAAGGGGCACAUCCCGCAGAAGAUUUCAUGUGCCAUCUUCGGGCACGAUGGCCGACACAUCUUUGCCGGCACGUCGCGAGGCGGGCUGUUGGUAUAUGAUCUGUGCUCGCGGCAGCUUGUGCAAUGCGAAGGUGGUGGUGCCAGCGGAAUGGGCAACGCGUCGGCGUCACCCGCGGCAGCUGCGGGUCUGUUAGGCCCGGCUCUGAUCAAGGAGAUGGCGAUUGACGCUACGGGCAAGAUGCUUCUCGUGAAUUCGAACGAUCGGGCGAUUCGUGCGUUCAGCAUCAGUAUCAACAACGAGCCUCCGCCCGAGCCAUCACAGCAGCAUCGCAGCCACGGCGCAGAGUCGCCUAACACGUGGUCGUCAAUGCCAUCGGUCAGUCCGGCACCUGAGGCGCUUGUGCAUGUGGCGGCAGCGGUAGCGGCAACGGCUGUGACAGUCGCUGCACCUACGUCUUUACAGGCAGUGGACGAAGACGCACAGGUGAUCAGUGUAUCACAGGGAGGCAACGAUCUUUCACACGCCGAGCGCAGUGCACAGGCUAUCGCUGCCGUGCUCGAAGCAGCGCAAGAGGACGCCGACGUUGACCAGCCGGCCGCGCUCGCCGCAACGGCUGCGUCUACCAACCCGUCCUGCUCCCCCUCUGCUUCGGCGCCACCGCAGCCGCGCGUCAAUAAGCCGUUCAACGUGCGCCUGCUAUACAAGGUGCAGGACCGCGUCAACCGGACACCGUGGUGCGGCAUCGGCUUCACCGGUGAUGGCGAGUACGUUUUUGGCGGUGCAACAAACAUUACUGCGCACAAUAUCUACAUCUGGGAGCGCAUGACGGGCACGCUCAACAGGAUUCUCGAAGGUCCCAAGGAGCCGCUCAUUGGCCUUGAUUGGCAUCCACACCGGCCAGCGGCCGCGUCUGUCUCGUCGACGGGGAACGUCAACCUGUGGUCGACUCCGACGGCGGAGAUCUGGUCGGCGUACGCGCCCGGGUUCGAGGAGCUCGAGGAGAACGCGGAGUACGAAGAGCACGAGGACGAGUUCGACGUCGAGGACGAGGACGAGGUGUCACGCCGAAAGCAGGACGAGGAGGAAGGCCUGGUGGACAUCUACCCUGCCGGUGAGCUGAUCAAGCUCGCAAAGCGACACGUCAGGGAGCGGGCGCGCAGGGCGGAGUGCAAGGCGGGGCACAAGGUCCGACAUGGCCCUCGGAGGCUGCAGUCACAUGUGGGGCCGCGUGGGGAUGGCGCUGCUCUCAACAACAGCAUCAGCUUUGAAUACGAGCUAAGGGAACAACACAGCGACGACGACGACGAAGACGAUAGCUUCUGGGACGGCAUCGGCGCUUUUGACGGCGAGGGCACAUUCGAAGUUGAGUGCCGCUCAGUCUUCCAGCGCAUCCUGCGCCGCCGCGGGUCGUCGUCCUCGAGGACCGCGCGGGCUGGCGCGUCGAUCCAGAAGGCGCAGCAGAGGUACUUGCAGCCUGGAAAGCGAGUGCGCGAUGGGAAUGCUACGGAUACGGACGGGGACGCGUCAAUGCACCAAGUGGAUAGUGCAGAUGAGGAGGAUCUGGAAGAGGUAGAGCAGGAAGAGCAGGUGCGCAUCGUACUCGUCGAAGAUCCGGACGAUGAUCACGCGUUCAAGCUGUCUGCGCGCCUGGAGGAUCCGCUGAUUGAGCUCAAUAGCGAUAGCGAUUGAUUGCUCGAGGCGAUGCUAUUGUUCGCUUGAAGCUUCUGUGGAAAUAUCAAUGGCGAACCAUCAACGUUGAAUGCAAGAACGACAGCUCGAUGAUGACCAGCUUCUGAUUGCGCUUCUGCUGUGACGUUGAGUGCAGAUGCAGCUGCGUGCGGAUGGGCAAUUGCACUGCGAGUGCCCGGUCCUGCUGUCAAUCAGUAGCAGCGCGGCGAUUGUGGGGUACAUGGUUG